UCCACAAAACGUCACAAGGCAAUCUAGCGUGAUUGAAGUCAUUUCGGAUCUGCUGGUGAUAAUCAGUUUUGUGAUGGCAUGCACUAUCGGUGUAAGGUUUGAUAAACAGAUCAGGGUGAAAGAGCCAGUUAAACUUCGAUUACUUCGAUCUCGCGUAGUUGCUCCGCUUGCUAGACAAUGGAUAAGAAACCGUCAAGUGGAAAGAACAAGAAAAUGUUAUCAAAACCGAAGUGGUUUCUGCGUUCCGGUGAUGUCGAGGGAGGCCGAUCGAAGAAGGCGUUUUCGAAUCGCUUGGAGAGCGAAUCGAAUACUUCAGCCCCAUCUUCAAGUGCGUGUCUCCCGUCCACAUCUGGGACUGAGAAAAGGAAUAGUCUACACUCGACAGCCAAGGCUGUGAUCUGUCAAGAUGCAAGCACACAGAUGUUGGUCACCACACAGAACCGUGCCACGCAGGUGGACAAGAUGGUCGCUUGCACCGAUAAAGCCACAUCAAUGGAUAAACGCAUGUUCCACAAUGGCAUUAAACAGGGCCCCAGCGCAGACCCUUUGACUUUUCAUUUAGAAUCCAGCUUAGGUGCAGACAUCAUCCGCCAUGUGCUGGAAUUUAGUUCAAGUGAAGGAUCGCCAUGUUCUGUUUUGAGUCCGCUCGAAACGCAGACGUCCAUCAAAUCCGACACAACAACAACAAAUGGGAGGAAGUACACCAGUCCUGAUGCCAUGAGUCAUAAAAGGAUGGGCUGCAUCACCAACACCAAAACGCCUCCAAAGAGGAUUGACCCAAGCCACCAAGAAACCAGCAGCCCCCUGCCUCACAGCCCUUCUCUGCCCCACAGCUCUGACAAGCAGACCGUGGCGAACACUUUGAAGAGGAAAACACACUUGAAACAGCUGGAGUUGCAGCACACCAACAACCCCAAGAAGGCGCUGGCCCAGGGCUUAGAACUUCUGGGCAUGGAUGACUGGGAGAAGACCAUUACAGGCUUGAACAUCAUCAACAGCGUUGUGCAGAGCCACCCAGACAUCCUGGUCCCCAGACUGCAUGAUGUCUGCCAUACCCUCAUCCUGGAGGUUAUGAACCUGCGCUCCUGUGUCUCCCGGGUGGCGGUGUCUACACUGGGAAUGAUGUACGCCCAGUUACAGAAGAAGAUGGAUGCGGAGUUGGAGGUGACGGCCGCGGCACUCCUUCAGAAAGUGGGAAUUGCCAAUGAAUUCAUCCGGCAAGAUGUCGAUGCUGCGCUGGAUAGCAUGGUCCAGAACUGCUCGGUGGCCUUUGUGAUCAAGGCUCUGCUGGCUGGGGGCCUGAGACACCUUAAUAGUGUGGUGAGGAAGUGUGCAAGUCAGCACCUGCUCAACCUGGUGGAAAUGACCGACGCGGCCCGCCUACUUUCUGACACACGUGGCAUCACUGAGUGCAUCCUGCCUACUGCAGCCCGACUCGCCCAAGAUGCUUCGCAGGAAGUCAGCGGUGCUGGGUGCAGUUCUGAGGGCAGAGGCUGGAGGAAUUCAAUACUGGACUGUUGCUGCUUGGAGCACCAGCUAGGUGGUGAACGGGGAGAGGAGCUCCGUACAGACCCGAACCUUAUACACAGGCCAGUGACCACGACAGAUGUCAUGCAGCCUCAGCGACAGGUGGAGAUCUUCGACCAUAUGAACGGCUCGCGGAUUGUCUUCUCGGACGAUGGCGGCACCAGCCCACCGCAGCACUUCCACCCUUCUUCCCCUGACCUGACCCAGGAGGUGGUGAUCUCCCCCGGACUCCCCACCCCACCUCUUAGCCCCUAUCGCACCAGCAGCCACAACUCCAGACACCCCUCCGACACCAAGGUCUCUGAGACCAAUGGCAGUGGAUCACCAACCCUCAGCUUUGGCUCCUAUUAUGGCCCCCCAAAAUCUCAUGGGACCCUGGUAAAUGGCGUGCAGACCAGGCUGUCUGCCACUCUGCCCCGGAGGUCUGUCCCGGCUGAAGAGAGGCUGAUCAAGUUCUCCGGCAUUGGCCCCGUGGAUGAGACCGGAAUGCCCAUUGCCUCCAGAUCAAGCGUGAACAAACCAAAGGACUGGUACAGGAGCAUGUUCAGACAGAUCCACAAGAAGCCACCAGAGCCUGACCUGUGUGACUCCAGGCUGUGGCCAGAGGACAGGGAUGCCGAACCUGGCAGAGACCCCCCCACCGCGGGUUCUGUGGACGGGCAGGGGGGCGAGAAGGACCUGUUCACUCUCACCCCGUAUGGCGCACUGCCCGACUGGAGCGAGCUAGGGGAUGGAGACAGUCAGUCCAACGGAGGGAGAAGGCACCCUGAACCCAGGAGCAUAUUCGAAUUCGAACCGGGACAGAGCACCCACUCUGAGGUCCUCGCACAGGAUAACCGUCCAGCCCAGCAGUACCUGGUGAAGCCUCGGUCGUGCCCUAUUGAGGCGAGUCUGGUCUCAGAGCUGAGUCGCUUUGAGGCGGAGCUGGACUCGGACAUCCAGGGCCUGGAGAGGAGGCUGUCUCAGAAACGGCAGCGGCGAGGCCGGGGUGAGGGCUCAAGGGUCUCUGUCCCAGCCACCACUCCGGGUACAGGGAGCACACAGGAAGCAAGCCCGAGGACCGCAGCAAAGCAGCCGGUGACCAAAAGCUGGGGAGUGGCACCUGUCAGUCAUCCAACUGUCCCCAGCUUCAGCACAGCACAAAGGACAUCAUCCAGCCCCACACAUGGUAGAGGCAAUCCUUCCUCUUCACCUGAUGCCAUGGACUUCCCGCCCAAAAGAGAGGAGAAGAAGAUGAAAGCUGCAAGGGCCAAGUUCAAUUUCCAAGCACAGUCACCCAAAGAGCUGACCCUGCAGAAGGGCGAUGUGGUGUACAUACACAGGCAAGUGGACGGCAACUGGUUCGAGGGGGAGCAUCAUGGGAGAGCCGGAAUCUUUCCGGCCACCUAUGUGGAGAUCAUCCCCCCGACCGAGAAGCCCACGCCUAUCAAGUCCCCCACCAUCCAGGUGCUGGAGUACGGGGAGGCCGUCGCCCAGUUCAACUUCCCGGCGGACCUGCCCAUCGAGCUCUCCUUCCGAAAGGGGGAGCGAAUCUGUGUGACCAGGCGCGUGGAUGACAGCUGGCUCGAGGGCAGGAUCCCUGGCACCUCCCGCAGUGGCAUCUUCCCUGCCAGCUACGUCCAAGUCAACAAGAUGCCCCGCACCAAAUCCUCGGACGAGUACCCUCCCUCGCCCACCUCUCCCUCGCCCUCGCCUCUCAGUCCAGGUCGGCCUCUCCACUCGCCCCUCUCCCCCGUGGCUUUCAGCUCCAGCCCGCAGUCCUCGCCCGGGAAGCAGCGCUCCCCCGCUGGCCUGUCCCAGUCCCCGCCCUCCGCAGCUCCCUACGAAACGGCAGGGCUCCAGUCCCGCUCACCCCAGCCCCCUGCUCAGACCGCCCCCUCCAAGCCGGCCCCCAGUCACUGGCCUGGCUCCGCCCCCGUCUCCACCUCCCCCACUCCACAGACCAAUCACUGGGGCGGGACGCACCCUGCAGCCCAUAACUCAUUCAGCAGAGACGAGAGACCGGCACCGGCGUUGUCCAAUCAGACGUCGGGGGCUCCCCAGUGGGGAGGAGCCAUGUUGAAUGCCACUCCCAAGCCAGGUUAUUCCACUCAGGAUGGACCAACCAUAAACUCCAUCCUAUCCAACCAGCACAGCAAGGCUCCACCCACAGCCAAAGUUCCCACCAAUCCCAGCUCAACAGUGGUCCAACGGCAACCGUAUAAAGCCAUUUAUAACUACAGGCCACAGAACGGUGAUGAGCUGGAACUACGAGAAGGAGACGUCGUACAGGUGAUGGAGAAGUGUGAUGACGGCUGGUUUGUAGGUACAUCAGAAAGAACUCAAGCUUUCGGGACAUUUCCAGGGAACUAUGUGACACCUGUCUGAGUGAUUAUCACUACGUUCCUGCUCCAAAACACGCUGGACUAAAAUAUUUGACUAUUUAUACAAGUUUUGCUUUAAGCAGCAUACAGAUCACAACAGCCAGAUAGCCAUUAAUGACAGCUCCUCACCUCCCAUCCACCUCCCUUCCCCUACAAUUUCACAGAAAUGGUGUCUGUGUGCACAAGUGACCAGGUGACCAAAGUGGCCACUGUUUCAGCCUUGAGAUUUGAGCACAUAAAGCAAAGGGUCUCUUUGCCAUUGGCAUGUUGGCUUAUCACAUAUCAGCCUUGGAGUGUCUUCCUACAGCCACAUGUGCCGCUUGAACUCUGAGAUGCAGGUACUGCGGAAAACGAGCCUGCAACCAGCCUUGCACCAUUACUGCAAAAAAGCAUUCCUUUGGAUUGGACUAAAACUGCGUCCUUGUUGAACCUUUGGACUUUGUAUCAUCCUUGGAUUAUCAAGCCACCUGUAAAACACAUUGCACUCAAGAAGUAUGAAUCAUUCCAGGUUUCACACUAAAUCCAAUACUGUUUCAGCAUUCACUUGUGAGCCAAGAUGAUUCCAAAUGAUAACAAAGUGCCUUUAUUGGAAAGAAAAAUACCCAGAUUGCCUCAUUUUAUGAGGCAUAUAUCUUUCUCAGUGUUUCUCUGUUGUAAAUGUCAUGCAAUAGAAAAAGUGCCUUUUGAUCAUCUUUAGUUCUGCCGUCACUUUAAUCACAGAUAUUUAAUGACUUCCUGGGUGCACAGGCAAAAAUGUCACAGAAAUGUGGCAGAUUAAUCUAUCAAAAUGAGUAUUGCUUUUUUUUUUAUUCGACAGAGCAUGUGUUCCUAAGCAGUGCCAAAUUUAUUUCAGUUCAAUCCAGGAUAAUAAUAUGGUUUGGAAACAUACAACAUGCCUGUUUUAUAACAUGUCUUCUUAUCUGUUAUUGCCCACUACUUGCUUUGCGUUAUGAGCUAAGUGAUGGUUAAUCUAUAAUCCUGCCUGCAGUAUUUGAGGAAGUGGUUGGAACAGAGGAAGUGAAGAAAGUGAAAGUGAGAGCUGACAGCCUUGUAGAAGGGCAGAAUGACACUUGUGCCAAGUCACCAAUGGUUGGGUGAUCCAGGACGAGUUCACCAAUGGAAAUUAAACAGGGUCAUAAAUUUGGACAAGAGAAGAAAUCAAUCAAUGAGCUGGAUGGGCACGUUACCACAGGCUUCCACUAGACUGAUGGACUUUAAAUGGAACUGUAGCCCCGAUGUCAUGCCUAAAAACCUUCUUUGUAACUUGUUUGCAUUCCUGUAUAUGACAUACACCAUCAAUGUUCACUGUCAUGGAUGUUUGUUAUUAACUUCCCAAAAAAAAAGAAACUGACAGCAAAUUCCUCCAACAAAAGGGUCAAAAUUAUUUGGCUCACAAAACAUUUGAUUUCACUAUAGUUUCUUUGUACUGCAACGCACAAGCUUUAGGUCUGAUGGAUACUUAUAUUACUUAAACCCGCUAAUCAUUUAGGCUUGUGCAAACUAAUAUAAUCCAUGCUAAGAUGCAAGCAAGCCAAGCACUGAGCCUUUACAUGGCAGUGGACUUUUGCAUUGUGUUGUCACAAUAUGUGCUUCAUCAUAGUUUGUCUUCUCAGUGCCUUCUCUCUAACGUUCGCCCUUUUUAAUGCAACAAAUAAGAGUCCAAUUCUCAUAUUGGGUAUAUUCAGGACCACCGGGAAGAAAAGCAUGGAAUGACAGUCAAAAUGGUGACAAAUGGAAGAUACACAUGUAGUAGAAGGUUAAAUAUUUAUGCAAGUUUUUUUGCCUCUUUGUUUUGAUCUUACUGAAUAAAACAAAGCAAACAUAGUUCGGUUCCUGACUGUACCAGAUAUAAAGUAGUACAGACACUGUACUACUUCAAAUCAGUUUAAAUCAGUUAAUAAAUUACGGAAAUAAAUAAUAUAUUUUAUUGGCAACAGAAUGUAUUGCAUUUUCUAAGGUACUCAUAUAUUUGGAUGAUAAUCAAAUAAAAUGUACUCAAGUGAUGGAAAA